GGUUCAGUGCGCUUGCGCUGACAGACGCAAGAUGGCGGACAGUGCGGAACUAAAGCAAAUGGUUAUGAGCCUUAGAGUUUCUGAACUCCAAGUACUGUUGGGCUACGCUGGGAGAAACAAGCACGGACGCAAACACGAACUCCUCACUAAAGCCCUGCAUUUGCUCAAGGCUGGCUGCAGUCCUGCUGUACAAAUGAAAAUUAAAGAACUCUACAGGCGGAGGUUCCCCCAGAAAAUCAUGACGCCUGCGGACUUGUCCAUCCCCAGUGUCCAUUCAAGUCCUAUGCCAGCAACUUUGUCUCCAUCCACCAUUCCACAGCUUACUUAUGAUGGUCACCCUGCAUCAUCACCAUUACUCCCUGUUUCUCUUCUGGGACCUAAACAUGAACUGGAACUCCCACAUCUUACAUCAGCUCUUCACCCAGUCCAUCCGGAUAUAAAACUUCAAAAAUUACCAUUUUAUGAUUUACUGGACGAACUGAUAAAACCCACCAGUCUAGCAUCAGACAACAGUCAGCGCUUUCGAGAAACCUGUUUUGCGUUUGCAUUGACACCGCAACAAGUGCAGCAGAUCAGUAGUUCCAUGGAUAUUUCUGGGACCAAAUGUGACUUCACAGUGCAGGUCCAGUUAAGGUUUUGUUUAUCAGAAACCAGUUGUCCACAAGAAGAUCACUUCCCACCCAAUCUUUGUGUGAAAGUGAAUACAAAACCUUGCAGCCUUCCAGGUUAUCUUCCACCUACAAAAAAUGGUGUGGAACCAAAGCGACCCAGCCGACCAAUUAAUAUCACCUCACUUGUCCGAUUGUCCACCACAGUACCAAACACCAUUGUUGUUUCUUGGACUGCAGAAAUUGGAAGAAACUAUUCCAUGGCAGUCUAUCUUGUAAAACAGUUGUCCUCAACAGUUCUUCUUCAGAGGUUACGAGCAAAGGGAAUAAGGAAUCCGGAUCAUUCUAGAGCUUUAAUUAAAGAGAAAUUGACUGCGGAUCCAGACAGUGAAAUAGCCACAACCAGCCUGAGGGUUUCUCUACUGUGUCCACUUGGUAAAAUGCGGCUGACAAUUCCAUGUCGGGCCCUAACAUGUUCUCAUCUGCAGUGUUUUGAUGCAACUCUUUACAUUCAGAUGAAUGAGAAAAAACCAACCUGGGUUUGUCCUGUCUGUGAUAAGAAGGCUCCGUAUGAACACCUUAUUAUUGAUGGCUUGUUUAUGGAAAUCCUAAAGUACUGUACAGACUGUGAUGAAAUACAGUUUAAGGAGGAUGGCUCUUGGGCACCUAUGAGAUCCAAAAAGGAAGUGCAGGAAGUUUCCGCCUCUUAUAACGGAGUUGAUGGAUGCUUGAGCUCCACAUUGGAGCAUCAGGUGGCUUCUCACCACCAGUCCUCAAAUAAAAAUAAGAAAGUGGAGGUGAUUGAUUUAACCAUAGACAGUUCAUCUGAUGAAGAGGAGGAGGAGCCAUCUGCCAAGAGGACCUGUCCUUCCCUGUCUCCCACAUCACCACUGAAUAAUAAAGGCAUAUUAAGUCUUCCACAUCAAGCAUCUCCAGUGUCCCGCACCCCAAGCCUCCCUGCUGUAGACACAAGCUACAUUAAUACAUCCCUCAUCCAGGACUACAGGCAUCCUUUCCACAUGACACCCAUGCCUUAUGACCUACAAGGUGAGUCAGCGGUUUCUUCUGUGUUGUCACAUUGCAUCGGGAAUGCCUUUGAUCUACAUAGACUUCCACCGGGAUUAGAUUUCUUUCCUUUCUUGUCAGGAGACAAUCAGCAUUAUAACACCUCCCUCCUCGCUGCCGCCGCAGCAGCGGUUUCCGAUGAUCAAGACCUCUUACACUCGUCUCGGUUUUUUCCGUAUACCUCCUCACAGAUGUUUCUCGAUCAGUUAAGUGCAGGAGGCAGUACUUCUCUGCCAACCACCAAUGGAAGCAGUAGUGGCAGUAACAGCAGUCUUGUGUCCUCCAACAGCCUGCGGGAGAGCCACGGCCACACCGUCGCCAACAGGAGCGCCGCGGACACGGCGUCCAUCUUCGGCAUCAUGCCGGACAUCAUUUCGUUGGACUGAUUCUCUCGCCUCUGCUGCUCCCAUCCCCACCCCAGAUUAAAUGAACUUGGCAGAAAGAAGAGAACUUUGUGCUAUGUUUUACCUUAUUCUGUUUAGAAAAGUACACAAGCGUGUUUUUUUUCCUUUUUUUAGGGAAAAAAUUAAAAGAAAUGUACAGAGAACAAAACUAUAUUUUCAGUUUUACUUUUGUAUAUAAAUCUAAGACUGCCUGUCUGAUAAAACACUUGUAAAAAACAAAAAAAAAAAAAAAAGGAAAGAAAAGAAAAAAAGAAAAAAAAAAA